ACAAAAAUACUUAGUAUUAUAUGUAUAUACGUACGUGAAAAUAUCUCAGAUCGAAGUUAGGGUUAGGGUUUUAGAUUUUAAAAAAAUGUCAGGACUUCAUAGAUCUUCUAGCGCUCCUUCUAAAAAUGGACUUCCUCCUCAGGAACUCCUUGACGAUCUUUGCAGUCGGUUUGUAUUGAAUGUGCCAAAAGAAGAUCAGCAAUCAUUUGAGAGGAUUUUGUUUCUUGUGGAGUACGCACAUUGGUUUUAUGAAGACAAUACUGUAGAAAAUAAUCCGUCAUUGAAGUCUUUCACUCUGAAGGAAUUUACUUCCUUAAUGUUCAACAGUUGUGAUGUUUUAAAACCAUAUGUUCCUCACAUAGACGACAUAUUCAAGGACUUCACCUCUUACAAGGUUCGAGUUCCUGUAACUGGGGCCAUAAUCCUUGAUGAAACUUUUGAACGGUGCUUGCUAGUAAAAGGAUGGAAGGGUUCAAGUUGGAGUUUUCCACGUGGGAAAAAGAACAAGGAUGAAGAGGACCACAGUUGUGCAGUUAGAGAAGUAUUGGAAGAAACAGGAUUUGAUGUCUCGAAACUUCUUCAGAAAGAUCAAUUCCUUGAAAUGACUUUUGGACAGCAAAGAGUGCGGCUUUACAUUAUAGCUGGAGUGAAAGAGGAUACAUCAUUUGCCCCACAAACCAAAAAAGAAAUUAGUGAAAUUGCAUGGCAAAGACUGGAUGAACUUUCACCAGCAAGUAACGAUGUCAUAUCUCGUGGGAUGACCGGCCUCAAGCUCUACAUGGUUUCUCCAUUUUUAACAUCUUUGCGAUCAUGGAUUUCAGCACAUCAGCCUCCUGUAGCACCUAGAUUGGAUAGACCUUCAAGAGGAUUAAGUGUGUGGAAUGCAAAGAAUAGCUCUACCGGAAGCAGCUCAGUUGUACCUGAGAUUCAAUUGAACAAACCUGCAGUUGAUGCACGUCCCCCAGACACAGGUCCUGGUAAAAGCUUCAGAAACUUCCGGUUUGACACUGCUUCAAUAUAUCGUGCAAUGGAAGCUGGUUUCUCUUCUUGAAGUGUAGAGUGUAGUCAUGGUUAAUUGUCAAGUUUUGUGUGCACAUAUUUUGUCUAGCUCCAGUCAUCACUACAUCAGUCAUUUACAAAAUCUAGGACUCUUCGUGUUAAUCCUGCUUAGACAAGUUCAUAGUUUUGUGGCUGUUCUGUUCAGGUUUGGGAUGUAUGUAUAGUAUGUAUGUACAGGAACCUUGUAUUGAAUAGUGACCAUGUUCUUUAGUUAAUGCAGAAACACUCCUUUUAUUUUGGACACUA